AUGACUGCAGGCAACGACCUGCACGCCGAGCUCGAGGAAGCGCUGUUUCGGUACCAGUACGCGAUUGCUCAGGCCGAUGCAGCCAAGGCAUUGCUCGAGAGAGAAGUCGAAUCCGUGGCCCAGAUGCAUCGAGUCAAAGACGACCAUACGACCGAGUACAACGGCAAACUGGGUGUCGUCGACGCCAUGCUGCAGUGUCCCAACGACGAAGAUGUCCAAGUGUGGGGCGCGUACAUGGCGUGCUGCAUGACGGAAGCAGCUACCGGACUCUCUCUUGGGACGCUCAGCCGCAACUUAAAAAAAGGCGCGCUCGAAAGGCACUCCACACGCAUCAAGCCCCUUCUCUCCGACUCAAACAAGGAAGACCGCGUAAAUUUUUGCCGUCGAUUUUGA